AUGGACUCGAUGCGCAGCCUUAACAAGUCGCUUCCCAAAGCGAGGCGACAGCCUGAUGUGCAUCAGUCGUUCCGGACUGCGGCUCUGAACGUCACCAAUCUAUACAAGUCGGCCCUGGCGGACCUCGACAAAGCCCGGGCCGAUGGAUACCAAGAAGCUCUCGACGAGCUUUUGAGCUUCCUGGACAGGGAGAAUUUGGGUGUGGGUGACGGCGAGGGGUGGAGGAUACGCCAGUGGGCAACAGAGCGGCUGGACGGUGCUCUCCCUAAACAAUCGAGCAGCGAUAGCGACGACGAGUACGUGGACGACAAGCGCGCCCGAAGCUCCUCCCCCAUCAUGGAGCGAAACCUUGGCAUGGACGAUGUACACACGCUCGAGUCUGUGGCGGAAACAUCACAGCGAUCCGAGUCGCUGCCUUCACCAGUUGAAAUGGAAGCCACGACGACAGAAGCCGACAUGUCGCCCCUACACCACAUUUUCCAGUUCUCUGCGCCACAGGAUUUUCCCUCUGUAUCAACAAACGACAAUGCUUCAACGGAUGUAUCUGCCGCCGCUCGCCGUGCCUUCCCUACGCCCCGUCGCCCUUCGAACCGCGCGACGCCCCGAAACCUACAACGAUCCGCCGCUCAGAACCUGUUUCAACUCGGCAAUGGCGCAGGGCAAAAGCGACGGCUCAUGAAUGACUUUUUCAAUGUCGACGGCUCCAACGACCGACGAGACGGGUCAUCUGGUGGACCCAAGCGUGGGCGCACAUCUUAA